CAGAUCGAACAUGGCCUCCGGACAGUACAGCCAUUUGACCGAUGUGUGAGAGCAGGGGUGGUAGUGAGGGUGGCCGUGGCACAUGUUCGCCGGGUCUUGGUGCGAAGACUAAUAAAUGACGGCAUACGACUACAAGGCUGUUGUUUUGGCAAAGGGAACGGACUGCUCGAUCCCAACCUCAAGCUCCGGACAUCAUCAACCUUUUAUAUACUUACCCGUACUUGUAGGAACCUAUGUAUUUCUCCGGGAGCAACAUUAGCACCAGCAGCCUGUUGGUGUUUUUCUUUCACGCACAACGCACAAGUUCCAGCCUCGAUCAUCCUUGUGUCGAUAAUGAAGAAGACAUUCAUCCCCCCCUAUCUGGUGCGUCACAAGCAAGACGCCCCAGCUCUGCAAUACGUCGAGAGAAAAAGGUUUCCGGAGGUAAAGAUCAGCAGCCCUCUCCUUCGUAUUGGCGAGAGUGUUCCCUAGACCCAGGAGCGAUGGCAGCGACCUGGGCGAGCGGCCUACAGUCCAAUCGCGAUAUUCGCACUCUUUCUAGCUUACUAGCUCGAAGUCCCACCAAGAUUGGAUUCUGUAAACGUAUUAAGGUCUUGGGAGGUACUCGGGGCUUACAACGACUUCAUCAUGCUCUAAGAAACUUUGGGAUUGUUUUUUUCCGGCGUGGCUUUAAUGUCCGCCACAUCUAACCACAUCUUACACAACUCUAAUGAAGACAUUUCGAACUUAAUCUACGGCUUCGGACCAUCUUCCAAUGCAAAGAAAUGCGUCCCCCCUUUUUCGUAA